UCCGUCCGGGGAGAACAUCAAAACAGCUCGACUGAUGUAAAUUCAGAUGGUUGACAUUUCAAUAACUUCAGUCAUCAGGCCUAAACUGUCUCACCAUAUGGGUUCCAUUAUGAUCACACCAGAGGCACAUUCUCAAUGUCACGACAACGACUGUGAUUCUGUCUCUGAGAAAACAACGCCCUGUGAACUUGCAGACGAAGAGCUGAAAGAAAUUGAAAAAUGUAUUGUUCAUGAAUUCAGCUUCGAGGAAAAUAUUUCCGAAUGCAGAAGAAUCAAAUACGACGAAGAGGACAAAGGUGGCGAGGCUAGAGAGAAAAGGAGGAUCUGGAGAAUAAACACCUGCGAGCGAAUACAAUUCGAGGAAACAAACAACACGUCGGAAGUUUUCAUUCUUCGUCGAACAGACGAGCAGGACAUCGGAAGUAGGAAGCCGCUAGGCGGAUUUAUAUCUUCGAUUAAAAGGAAGGAUGGAUCACAUCUUCAUAGAUUUGAGACAGUUGAUCCAAGUGGACUUCUGUUCAAGAGUUUCUUGAUUAGAGACUGUGAUAUCCUAGUGUCUCUAAACUCUAAUGACGUGUCGAGAUUACCACCGGUCUCUCAUGAAGAAGUCGUGGAAAUUUUUCAGAACAUCUUGAUGGACGAAUCGAGUACAAUGACAAUAUGUAGAACUCGAGGAGAAAAAUACACAUUCUUCAAACUUCUCUUUUGUUUGAGGGAAAUUUUAGAAGCUUGGGAGGAGGAUCCUGAUGACAUCAAAAAAGCAAACAUACAGGACUUAUCUGGCAUGGAUAACAAGUUAUUAGUGUCACUGAAAAUUUCGAAUAUCUACAGCUUCCUUUUCAACAACGAUGGACAUCUGGGAAUCGGAAAAAUUGAGAAUGUUUAUACAGAUUGCAAAGGUCAUUUUAUUGUUAGGCAGUCGGUAAACGUCAAUGCUGUAGACUUCAAUUUUACCAACGUCUACUCGUUUCAGUCGGAGACGGACCGCUCGAAGUUUCUCGGAUUGACACCUGAUGGAAAAACUAUCGACUUAGUGCCAGGAAAACCAGAUGACGAGCAUGUCUUAUUCAGAAAUUACCAAAACCGUUCAGAAGCGUUCCUCCGACCUUGCAAAGACCCAAGCAUGGCAGUUUUCUUCAAUGAAGGGGUUUUGAAGCUUUGUUCUUUCCAAAACCCGACUACAAGAUCAAGAGAACUUGAAGGAAAGGGGCUUCGUAAAAAUUGCGUAUCCCAAGGCCAUGCGAAGUUUUAAAAGAAGUGUGUAAUUCACGAAGUUAUCUGCUUUACAAAUAUUUUCCAAAUUUACAUGAACAUGCCAUCCCAGUUGCUAUCGGUUCUUUAACCCUAACAUUAUCAACUCAACAAAAUGUGUUGGAUGACUCCCGAUUCCCAAGAAACAAGAAGAUUUUUUUUUUUUUUUAAAUUAACAAUCAAUUUGCUCCAGCAACCCGACAAAUCAGUAACAAACCUAAAUAGAUGCUAUCAUAAGACAGUAAUUCCCACACCCAAGUGUUUGCCUUUGUGUAACUAGUAAAGAAGCCACAAUAGUUACCAAAUAACAUACGCCACACCAUAUCUAUUCUUCCUGUGUAUGUUAAGAUGCAUCGAAUAUUCUGAUGGGCAAGUGCCCCGUGGUCAUCCCAAAUUCCUAUCAUUUUUUUGAUUGGUUAAAUGUACAUUUCAUGUAUUUAAAAUGGUUGAGAUUCCAACCCUUGAAGCAAAUAAAUUCUUGUUGUUGCAUAUGACACAUUGCUCUGAGUACCAGGUUUUCGUUCGUCGUUCUUCCAUCCAAUUUUCCUUCAAGGUGAAAAAGGUUUUUCUAUAGAAAAUAAAAAAUGAAAAUUCUGAAACCCUAUUGCACAUCUUUAAGACACCAUCAGUUAUCUUCCAAAAGAUGAUUUGGCUACUGCGCAAAAUGUAUGAGUUCUGGGAACCUGUGAUUUGGGGGGGGGGGGGUCGAAAAUGAUCCGUCGUUUUUUACUCCCAUUUGGUCCCAGGAUAAAAACUGAUUGUACAUCCUCAGGACACCAGCAAUCAUCUUCCAAAAGAUUAUUUGGCAUCUUCGUAAAUUGUAAGAGGAGUUCUGGGAAUGAGGGUUUUUUUGUUGGGUUUUUUUCUCGUAAAAGCGUCUUUUUUGGGCCCUCGGGCGAAAAUGAAAAUUCCGAAACCGUAUUGCACAUCUAUAGGCACCACCAAUCACCUUCCUAAAUAUGAUUUGCCUUUCGUAAUAUGUAUGAGGAGUAAAUAAUUGUUUUUACAAAGAAUAUCAAAGGAUUCGAGAACAAUUGUUUCUGGAUGCAAAAAAUAUGUUAAUUAUCUACAAAGAAAGCUAAAAACGAACCAAUCGUAGGGUCACACUCGGAACUAUUAUGUUUAUCUGUACAGUUUUCUGUUCUUUUUCUUUUUUUAAAAAUCGAAUGAAGAAUUUUUUGUAAUUUGUAGCAAUUUACCGAAAAAGAGUGUAAGUUUAUGUUUUGUGCACAAAACACCUCUGGUGUGUCCAGGGGUCCGUGUUUGCCCAACUAUUUAUUUUGUAUGCUUAUAGGAGUUAUGAGAUUGAUCACUGUUCGUUAUCUUCACCUUUCAUUCAAUGAUUUAAAAGAAAACAGGAAAAAUCUGUAUUUUACUGAAAAUCGCACAGUAUAUAGAAUAAUAAAAAGAAUCAUUAAAAAUCUCUAUUCAAAAUAGCAAGACGGUGAUUAUCCUGAAAAUUGACCUGAAUACCCCCAUGCAACAAUGACGUAUUUUAAUUUACCACAAUUAUUGAAUGAGCUGUUCCUAGCAAAAGAGACCCUUAUCUUAUCCAACAAUGUUUUUUUCAAAAACCGUCAUAAUUAAAAAACGUGACGUCAUUUUUUGCAUAUUUGUAAAGAAAAAGGUCACAGUUACCAAUCACGAGUGGGUUGUCAUCUUUAAUACGCAAUUUCCGAGUUACCCAAUAGUUUUUCCCUUUUGUGGAACUCUUACGCAAAGUGAAACACAAAACAUACUAUCGUCCACACGCGGUGUGUACAAAUGCUUAUCGCUGCCUUCAUAUAUUGCCUAAAGGCCGAUUAUCAGACAUCAUUCAACCACCCGAACUGCAGGGGCACACAAUAUUAGUAAGUUUAGUUGUAGUUAAUAAUAAAACAGCUCAAACAAAAAUCGAUAAUCACAAUUUUUCUUUGAUUAGAAUAUCAUUCGUGCAGAAGAGAAUAUAAAAAUAUAUUCAUAUCUAAUCUAAUGACCUAAUUCAAUCAAAUAUUAUUCUUAAUAUAUGGUCAGUUUAAUGUAUACCAACAGCUGAUAUAAACAAAUUUUACACUUUCAUUACUUUUAUCCGUAUUUACAUAGCUAGUCUUUAGUAUAUGUAUACAUCUUGUACCCACCCAAGCGUUCAACAGAACACUAAACGCACCUCUAUCACAGAAGAGCUGAUAUCUCGGAAGUUGCGUAUUGACCGUAAUAUUUUAACGACAAUCAAUAUUGCUCUAAUACUUUGAGGGAUUGUUCUCUAGAGUUCACACUUUAGCACUAAAAUACAUAAGGGCCUUUUUUUUUGCUAGGAACGGCUCAAAUAAUUCAACAUUCGCAUAAUAGUAAAUAUUUUUUUUUUGCACGUUUGAACCUCCCCCUUUUCGUUGUUGAAAUGAUACAUUGACAUUCAUUCGCAAGCCUUGAAUUAAUCAAGUUUAUCACAAUCAGUUUAUGUCAAAUAUUACAUAGACAUAUGUGCAUGAAUUUCUGUCACAGUAUACAUGUAAGUGUCAAGGUUAAUUUCCAUCGUCACAACUGCAUUGUGUAGGGGACCACAAAGACUAUAUUUUAAAAAUCUACAUAAACUGAGAUCAAGGAGAUAUGUAACUUUGCGAGAUCUGCGCCAUUUUUUAUGAGGGACUUUUGGGAUGUCCUAGACAAUGUGCAGCUUCAGCUCGGACUUUUUUGCGCUAUUGUCAUUAGAUCUCGCAGUGCGAUCAAGUGCUUCGCGCUGGCUCGCUGCGCUUGCUAUGAAGAAAAAUGCCAGUUCCCCUCAACAAAAUUCCAGCAGUUUUCUAUUUACAGGAUUUAUCUCCAACUCAUCUUUUCAAAAUUGCACUUUUCAGUUAACAGGUAACCCAUUUGCUCAACUGUACACAGUUAGUGGAAACCGCCAUUGCCGUCUUUGUUAAUGUUGUUGUGUAUUUAAAAAUUACUACGCCCAUAUUGAAAUGACGUAAAACGUAGUCCAAGAAUAAAUCUUUAAUUCAAUUUGAAUCAUACCAUUUUUUAUCAUUCAAACUAAGUGUUGUAAUCCACUUAAAUGAUGAGGAAUUAAUCUAAUUUUUUCCCUUUGGAUGGAGGUCACCAAGAAAAAAAGGGAGACGGAAAAUUCUGCAUUAUGCGAUACGCGCAAUUAUGCAGGUGUCCGUUAUUUUUUUUUUUCUUUUCGUGGUAAUGCCUCCAUCCAACGAUUUUUUUUAAAAGAUUCAUUCCUUAAAACUUAAAAUAAGAAAGUUAUGACUCGUACAAAGCAAAAAUAUAGGCGAUAAAUCAAUAAUUUUAAUCAAUAGGAAAAACAUUGGCAUAUUGCUGGUAUCUAUUGUGAGAAUAUCAUUUACAUAUUUUAUGAAUGUAUAUUUAUUGUUGCCAUAUGCAUGUAUUUCAUAACUUUUUAAUAUCUACUAGAUUGUUAUAUGUCGUGAUGUAUUGUAAAUAAAUUCUUGGGACUAUA